GUUCUGGUGGGGCGUGUACGUACAGUAUGUGUGUGUGUGUGUGUGAGAGUGUGUGAGAGUGUGGCAGGUGGAUAAAAGUUCACCUCCACCACUGUAGGAGUACAGGAGAAGCAGAGCAGCUUUUCUUUUGUAUGUGUGUCAGGUGAGAUGAUGCAGAGAUGCAGAGAACAUCUCCUCCUGCUGUGUUUGACUGCAGCCGUCACUCUGAACAUCCUGGGAACGACUGCUGUGACUGAGGACUUGAACAACAAGACUCUGCGUGUGAUUCCUGACAAAGACAACAGCUCCUCUGUUACUCGACUGGAGAUGAAGGGAAACCUGAUCACUCUGAACGACACCGACCGACUCGCUCUGGCCACGUAUCGUGAUCUGACUGAACUCCUCUUGGAUGAGAACUGUGUGACUGCAGUUCCAGACAAGUUCUUCACAGCGGUACCACACCUCAGAGUGAUCUCUCUGUCCAGGAACAACAUCAGCAGGCUGGAGCCUGAGGCUUUGUCCGGCCUGGACGUCCUAACAGAGCUGGACCUGUCCCACAACCUGCUGACACGUCUGCCUACAGAGCUGUUCAGAGGACUCAAGAGUCUGAAGGUGCUGAAGCUACAGGAAAACCCCUGGAACUGUUCCUGUUCUCUGCUGCUCAGCAUUAAAGAGGUCACAGCAGCAAAUAUCAGCAUUGGGUCACCAACAUGUGCUUCUCCACAAACUCAGGCGGGUAAAGAUCUUUUAGAAGCUACAGCUGCAUGUUAUCCAUCACCAUCACUCACCUUCACCACUGACCCACAAAAAACACCAACAUCAGCCGACUCUCAACGGCCUCACACUUCAUCUUCAGAAGCAUCACUGAACACCGUCCUGCCAUCAAACCACAACGAACAAACCGCUGUGCUGGGUAACUCGUGGAAGUUCAUCACGUGUGUUGUAGCCCUGGCGUUAACGACGGCUCUGCUCAUCGUCUGUGCCAUCAAAGGACCUUCCUGGUACAAGCUCUUCCACAACUACCGUCAUCAGCGGUUAGGAGAGGACAACGAGGACGACGAGGACGUUAUAACAACAGGCUUCCCAGAGAUGGGGAUUCACUUCGACCAUCAGACUUUCACCUUCAAACAGGACAGUUGGCAGAUGGAGGGGCAGGAGGAGGAGGAGGAGGAGGAGGAGGAGGUGUAUUAUGAAGAUCCAUACAUCAGGAGGGAAGAGUGACUUCAAGGAGGGGUGAUUUCAUCAGAGCAGCAGUUACCCUCUCACAAAGUCUCAGGCUGAAACUAACGAUUCAUUUCAUAAUCAACUAUUGUAUUUUUCAACUUCUCCUUUGGUUGUAAAAUGUAUAAAAAUGUUGAUCAGUGUUUGUUAAACAUGGAAAUGAUGAUGUUCUCAAAUGUCUUGUUUUUGUCCACAAAUACAAAGAGUUUGAUUUUA